CCGACGUGAGUGGACAUCAGCUCCUCCCCCGCGUGUCAUGACUGGCGAUUCUCUCGUAACAGGAUGGAACGAUGUGUGGGGCGAAGAGUGUCAGCCGUAGGAGCCGCCGGCCGCUUUCAGCAUUCUGGCGAACGAGCAGUCGGGCGAGAGGAGAGAGCGUCAGCGAUCGGGAAAACGGUGGACGGACGAUCGUUAGGAAAUAUCCAACCAGAAGGGACAUGCAGGCGGACCACGAGUGCACUCCGGAGCCGAAACAGCGGAGCGUUCCGCUGUCGGACCAGCCGCAACGGAGCGUGCCGGACGGAUGGCCAUUCAGUCGAGCAAAGCACCUGUACGAAGGCCAGAAACCUGUCGAAAUCCGCCUCGACCCGCACGCCGAAGAAUACAACAUGAAUCACAAGAGGAGAGGAGUGGCGCUCGUGUUAAACCACAUUCACUUCGAGAGCAUGAGCACCCGCAAGGGCUCCGAUAGGGACGCCGAGAAUCUCCACGCAUCGUUAAGCAAUCUCGGAUUCGACGUUCGUAUCUUCGUUGAUCCGACGAUCAAGACUAUAACCACGGUUCUGCACGAAACCGCUGCGGAAGACCACACGGAUGCCGACUGCCUGAUCGUGGUCGCAAUGUCACACGGCGAAUCGGGUCUAUUGCAUUCAACCGACAGCUUGUAUCCAGUCGAUAUGCUGUGGACUCCUUUCACGGGCGAUCGAUGCUCCAGCCUGGCCGGGAAACCGAAGUUGUUCUUCAUUCAGGCAUGCCGCGGGGCGCAACUGGACAAAGGGGUGAAAAUUUUUCAUGAGACAGAUAGCAAGAAGACUAUGUACAGCAUCCCCGCCUAUGCAGAUAUUAUGGUCGCGUACUCCACUUACGACGGUUUUUACUCCUGGCGUAACCCGGACUCCGGCUCGUGGUUCAUACAGGCAUUCUGCGAGGAACUGGAUCUUCACGGGAGCAGCCGCGAUCUACUCAGCUUGAUGACCUUCGUGAACCGGCGCGUCGCCAUCGAGUAUCAAUCGUACGUGCCGGAGAACAUCAAGUUCCACGCGAAGAAGCAGAUCCCGUCGGUCGUCUCGAUGCUGACGCGCCUCGUGUACUUCCGCGACAAGCCCGCGCUAGCACCGUACGAUACCGACGACGACGAUAGAUCGAAGACGGAAGUCCUCAAGCCCGCGAGGGAGUAACGCUUGAGCGCAGAGAACGACCUUCUCAUUCCCGAAUAAGCCUACGAUAAUGGAUUUCUCCGGCGGGAUGCGUCGAGGUUUAGGAAAACGACCGAUCGACUCGCGGAAUACGCUCAGACAGUCCUGACUUGACGACGGUCUCCUUGUCGAAAAUAGCGAGUUUGAGGGAAGUAACGUGUGAAAGCGAAAGAUAGGUUGUUUAUUUAGGUGGAAUAUUUCGGACAAUCACUUUCCACUCGGUUUGUUCCCGCGAAUACAACGAGAGAUAUUUCGUUGUGCCUUAUACAGAGUGUCCUAAACCAACAGAGACAAACUUCGUAAAGGCGUUUGAUAACUCGAAAUUGUGCGUAUUGUUUGCAAAAUGAUAGAGGACUCUUUUGUUUUCUAAUCCCCUCUUCUGUGCCCUCACGAAGUUUGUCUCUGUUGGUCUGAAACAUCCAGUAUAUUUGGUUAUAAAAUAUGUGAAAUAUCAUCUGUUGAACCAGUAUUCAGAAUGAAAUUACAAAGAUAUGGCCCGAUUUAAAAGAAAACUUACUCGAUUAAGAAAGAAAUUUAUGCCGAGGGGGAAACUUACUUUGUGUGUGAGUAUAUGUAAUUGCGCGUGUCGCAAAUGAGUCGUGUCGUGAGAAUAUCUUAUUGCAAUUGGACCUAAUAUAUUUUAGUUUGAACGAGAAAUGUAACGCGCAUUACUAGAUUAUUUAAUUUAUCGUAGGCGAUAUCAUUAAGCCAUAACGUGUGGUUCGAAACUAACCGCGAAUUACGCGUUUUAAUGCGAACAGAUUGCAGAAUUAUUUAAUACCUGAGUUACGCUUAUAUCUCCUGUCUAUUCGUUGUACAAAUGAGUUUGUAAAUAAAUUAUAAAAUAUCAGUCUACGCUUGAUAAUGCUCCGCGAAGUAAAAUAAAUCGCCAGUAUGCAUUCUGCAGCAUACCAUGAAUUAUUAUAUUAUAAUUGGUUUCAGUAUAUUAUUCUUAAUUAAUAUACUAAUUAUAUGCAGACCUUCAUAGCGCGCUAUAAAGACUGUUAUUAUAAUAACGAAGAAUAAUAAUGAUCGACGUUUCUCACAGUUCCACUAUUUAAACUCGUCCUGAUGAAUUAACGAUAUGCAGAGUGAAACAAUGCGAGAAAAUUCUCAUUCAUCCAAUACAAUGCUGGUUUUUUCACAGUAAAAAUUUAAUUAAUCCCUCUUACUCUCUGUACGG